AUGCCGGAGACGGUGGUGUCCGACAAUGGACCACAACUGGUGUCCGAAGAGUUCACAGCGUUUAUGCGGGACGUCGGGGCCAGACAUAUCGUGAGCGCCCCUUAUCAUCCAAGCACAAAUGGCCUGGCGGAGCGGUUCGUGCAAACGUUGAAGUCUGCUCUGCGCAAGUCACCGCCCGCUUCCGCGCAGCAGCGGCGCAGGCAGCAGCUGAGUGUCAUCGUCGAACUAGAAGCUUUGGAGGCUGACCUAGAAAGUGCGUGGCGUAGGAGCCGACAGCUUUUAUUGGCAGCUGCAGCACGUUACUCCAGCGAACGUUCUGUUUGGGCAUACCCCCGGGAGGUGUCGUGGUACGAGACGACACUUCCGCACGUCCCCGACAAUGUGUUCAAGGAGAACUUUCGUGUAAACCGCGCCACUUUCGACUAUAUAGUCAGUGUUUGCGAGUCCAUGAGGCGUCUAGACACUAAUAUGCGGAAGGCCAUUCCACUCAAAAAGCGUGUUGCAAUAGCGCUCUACCGCCUCACUACCUCUGCUGAGGACGGAAGUGUGGGCAAUAUUUUUGGUGUUGGCCGCUCCACAGUGAAUCUUGUUUUCCGCGAGUUUUGUGCCACUGUUGUUCGCCGUCUAGAAUCCCGCUACGUAAAAUUUCCCAGGGAACGCGAAGUCGCCGAGCACGUACGCAGGUUUGCCGCAGUGACAGGGUUUCCUCAAGGCAUGGGCGCCCUGGACGGGUGCCAUAUUGAAGUCUGUCCCCCAAAAGAGAAUGCCGCUGAUUACAUUAAUUAUAAGGGGUGGUACAGCGUCAUAUUAUUAGCUGUUGUGGACCACACCUACAAGUUUCAAUACACUAAUGUAGGAACGCCUGGGAAAAACCACGAUUCCAAUGUCUUUCAGCGGUCACGGCUUCCUAAAGUGUUGGCUGGCAGCCGAUUCACCAAAGACAAAAGGCUCCUUAAGAAUGUGGAAAUUGGUCCUGUGCUGCUUGCCGACCAGGCGUUCCCGUUACAGCCAACAAUAAUGAAGCCUUACCCUCACCCUGGCCCUAGAGGUUCCCCUACGCAGUACUUUAACUACCGUCUCUCGAGUGCCAGGCGUGUGGUAGAAAAUGCAUUUGGCCGGCUGAAGGCACGCUUCCGGAUCUUGCACACGCUCGAGUGUGACAUUGACAAUGUCAACAGCAUCAUUCGUGCAUGUUGUGUUCUGCACAACAUUUGUGAACAGCUCAAUGAUCGCUGCGAUGUCUUGUGGGUGGAUGCCGUCACAAAUGAAGAUCGAAGACGGCCUCAACCAGUUUGUACGACGAGGCGGGUGGAACCAUCUUGUGUGGCUGUGAGGAAUGCCCUUGCUGAGCACUUGCACUCUACUAAAUGAGAAAAUGCUGCGAAAAGAAGGAAUGAUGUGCUCUUUGCGUGUGCUCCUAUUAGAAUUUUGCUGUGUAGUGAAGUUCCUAUGCAUUGCCUGUGUCGCGAUAUGACCACAAUGCC